UUCCCCACACGUUAAGCGGAUACUUGUAACCAAUCACAAGCGCAGAGGUUAACCCUCUAUGACCCGGAUGAGCAGCCGUUUGGCUGUUACGAAUCUCGGCGAUCUGCUUAUCGUUUGCUUUGGUCUGGGCCCCAGCCCUUGGUUCGUCCUAUACGUCGCUGGAGGAGCAACAUGGCCGCGCUCAGCCGUUACCGUCCUGCAGAGCUGAGAGACAAGUAGGAAGUACGGGUGCGUACAGAGAGGGGGGUCCCCGUGGCUGAGCCUCGUCCCGGCUGGAACAUUCGGGGUUAUAGCGGACUUGGAGUUGUAAAGUUUGGGUGUGAGUUGUAAAACUCCCCAGACGGACUAUGCCAUGUAAGUGGCGCCCCCCUGAAAUGCCCUGCUGAGGUGAGAGUGUGUCAGGCUGGAAGCAUGCAGGGGCUGCUGCUGGUCCUCAGUGGUCUGACCAGGACUGUGGACGUUGUUCUGCUGGUUCUGGAGUUGAAUUAUUGGUUGGUAUCCUCCCUCAUCUCAUUCCUCUUUUGGACCAUUCACUUCAUCUUCAGCCUUCCAGGAACCAUCUCCUUCACUUUACUGCAAUGCUGGGACUGUGUGUGGCUGAGCCUAGCGGUGGCGGCGGAAUCCAGCUGGGUCCUUAUUGUGGACGGUGUACAGACGGUGGGGAACGUUCUGAGGGGGGCCUUGGCUGGUCUGGACGCUCUACAGCUGGCAUGGAACUUGUUGUGCCACAUGGCGAUCCGCAGCAAAGAGAUGAUGCAACGCGGCCUCCUAAACAUCGCCCUGUCCGGGCAGAACCUUCACCGCCAGGUCUGGGAAGCUCUGACCAUCACGGCUAGUUUAGCCACCUACCUGGUGAACACCUUGCUCAAUCUGAUCCUGAUUGGCGUGCAGUACGUCUUCUCAGCGCUCCUGUCUUUCUGGUUUUGCAUGGUAAACGCGCUGUUCAUAAGUAAAGAAUGGCUCUUCACCAUGAUCGCCCAACUUUCCAACACCGGAGCCACCAUGGUCAUCCUCCUGUGGGCGCCAUUCCAGAUGGCUGCGGAUGUCCUGGUGUACUGCAGCACGGGGGUCGGUGCCAUCUUGUCCAAACACCUCUACAAAGUUCUAUUACUUCUCUUCCUGAUUUGGGUCUCCCGUAUGGUACUCAGGCCUUCACCUGCAAUACGCUUCUUGCAAGAAAAGCUAAGCAUGUUCUACCAAUCUCUACUCAUGUGUCUUCACAUCGUUCUAAGUUCUGAUGUCUGGAGGAGGGUGGCUGAGCGGAGUCUUCAGCUUCUCAGAAUGCAUGGAGCAGCCUGGUUCAGAAGCAUGAAUGCCAUGAGGACCAGAGCCCAGAAUGUACCACCGAGAAACCGGGCGCAAAACCGCCCGGAGCCCGCCCGGCCAGCUGACCUACCGCCUGCCAGGUUAAUCUUUCACGUUCAACCGAAUUCACAACGAAAUUCAGCUGGUGAUAGGGCACAGACUUCACAGCGAGCACCCCCUGCACCCCAGAGCAGUGCAUCCACUUCAAGGAAGAAAGAGGCACCUAAAGAGGAUCCCUGGAAACUGCUAAAACAGCAGGAGGAAAGCCGCAAAUGCGUCAUCUGCCAAGACGAGAACAAAAGUAUUCUAUUAUUACCAUGCCGUCACCUUUGUUUAUGUGCUCAGUGCUCUCACGUUCUGCUGCAACAGCCUAUCCUUCAGCGGAACUGUCCACUGUGCCGGCAUUAUAUACUUCAGGCGCUGAAUGUUUACAUGUAAAGCAGUAACAUUUCAUUGACGGAGACUAAAAGAUUUUUUUUUUGUGAAAAAAAACUAAAAUGUGACCUUUUUUUAAAAGGAGAGUAAAAACUUUAUCAAGUCCUA